CUAAACCACGAAGAAGAAGAAGGACGGGAAUCGCGAAGGGACAAUUUAGUGUCGGUGCGGCUGAAUGGGAGCUAAGCUAAGCUAACUGUUUCCUUUAAAAUGGCGGCACAUCUGAAAAAAAGGGUUUAUGAGGAGUUUUCUAAAGUUGUCCAGGUUCCUCAUGAAGAAGCUCCGGCUAAAAAGCUGCGUUUGUCCAAACCCAGCAAAUCUGCAGCGCUCCACGUGGACCUCUGCAAGGCCUCCAGCUCCACCGACGCCCUGCAGUACCUGCUUACGUUCUCCAGGAAACCUGUGGAGGCAGAGAGUGUGGAGGGCGUGGUCCGCAUCCUGUUGGAGCACUACUACAAGGAGACGGAUAACUCUGUGCGGCUGAAGAUCGCCUCUCUGCUCGGUCUGUUGUCUAAAACUCCAGGAUUCACUCCCGAUUGCAUCGUCGAUGACGCCAUAAACACACUUGGCAGCGAGAAGUCUCACCAGGUUCUGGCCCAGCUCCUCGAUACUCUCCUGGUCAUCGGAUCUCAGCUCCCUGAGAGUCCAGCGGUGAGACUGAGACUCAUAGAGGUGGCUUAUAAGAACCUCUCCGACUCGUCUUUUGGGGUGAGGACCAAGUGUCUCCAGCUGCUAGGCUGUCUGGGUCUGCUGGAGGCUCCUCUGGGUAAAGACAGUGAUGGACCUGGACCUUCUCUGGCUGUGAGGGACGUUCAGAGCAUCAUCAGUGAUUAUUUUGGAGAUCAGGACCCCAGAGUUCGGACUGCUGCCCUCAAAGCCAUGCUGCACCUGCAUGAGAGAGGAAUGAAGAUACACCAGAUCAUCUAUGAUCAGGCCUGCAGGCUGCUGUCAGACGACUAUGAGCAGGUCCGAUCUGCAGCGGUUCAGAUGGUUUGGGUUCUCAGUCAGCUUUACCCUGAAAGCAUCGUGCCCAUUCCGUCGUCCAAUGAGGAGAUCCGACUGGUGGAUGAUGCUUUCGGUAAGAUCAGCCACAUGGUCAGUGAUGGUUCCUGGAUGGUCCGAGUCCAGGCGGCCAAAACCUUGGGUUCCAUGCUGCAGGUCAGUCCUCACUUUCUGGAGCAAACGCUGGAUAAGAAGCUGAUGUCUGAUCUCAGGAGGAAGAGAACAGCUCAUGAACGGGCCAAAGAGCUCUUUGCUUCUGGAGAAUUCUCCUCUGGCAGGAAGUGGGCCGACGAUGCUCCCAAGGAGAAGCUGGACACCAACACCGUCAACCUGAUCGCCUCUGGAGCCUGUGGAGCCUUCGUCCACGGCUUGGAGGAUGAGAUGUUUGAGGUCCGUAUCGCGGCUGUGGAGGCUCUCUGCCAGCUGGCUCGGGCUUCUCCCAGCUUUGCAGAGAAAUGUCUGGACUUCCUGGUGGACAUGUUCAACGAUGAGAUCGAGGAGGUCCGGCUGCAGUCCAUCCAUGUCCUCAGACAGAUCUCCACCCACAUCACCCUGAGGGAGGACCAGCUGGACACGGUUCUGGCUGUUCUGGAGGAUUCAUCUCGAGACAUCAGAGAAGCUCUCCAUGAGCUGCUGUGUUUCACCAACGUCUCCACCAAAGAGUGCAUCCAGCUGGCCCUGCUGGAGCUGUUGAAGAACCUGAACAAGUACCCCACGGACCGGAACUCUGUCUGGAAGUGUCUGAAGUUUCUGGGUUCUCGACACCCGACUCUGGUUCUACCUCUGGUUCCUGAGUUGCUCAGUACACAUCCGUACUUCGAUACUCCAGAACCAGACAUGGAUGACCCGGCCUACAUAGCGGUUCUGGUUCUGGUUUUUAACGCGGCCACUUCCUGUCCCACGAUGCCGGCACUGUUCUCUGACCACACCUUCAGACAUUACGCCUACCUGAGGGACAGCCUGUCUCACUUGGUGCCGCCGCUCAGGCUGCCUGGCAGGAAGCAGGUCUACGGUCUGGACUCUGUGGAUUGUGGUUCUGGUUCUAGUUCUGUGGAAUCAGCUCAGCUUUUCCUCCAGCAGAGUCUGAACAGAGUCAGUACCAUCCAGAACCUGGAGGCAGCAGGAGCCCCGGAGCUGCUGGACCUCACCAUCAGAGACCUCCAGAGGCUGGGUGAACUUCAGACUGAACUUGCUGGCGCUGCAGAUUUCUGCGCUACGUUUCUACGCUGCCAGUUGCUGCUGCUGAAGGCGCUGCAGGAGAAACUGUGGAACAUCUCAGUUCCCCUGAUUCUGAAACAGAACGUCACGGCAACAGCAGCCGCACAGCAGAUCCUGGAUGAAUCCUAUAAACUGGAGUUCCUGUACAGCGGUCUUGAGAACCGUCAGCUGGCAACCAUUCAUCACGUCAGACUGCAGGCCAAAGCUCUGCAGCUGAUCCUGAGGGCCAGAACCAGACCCGGGUUGGAUUCACUGAUCAGCAGCUGUGAAAAGUUUCUGCAAGACAUUGAAUCUUUUCAGAGGCUCUUCCUGACUGAGCUGCCUCACCUCCAGGACAGUUUUGUGGAGAAGCUUCUGGAGCUGCUGCCUCGGCUGUCGUCCUGUAAGCCGGUGGAGGUGGUCAAGAUCCUGCAGACGACGCUUCGACAGAGUGGACUACUGCAGCUCCGACUACCUGAACAGAUCCAUCGGGCCACAGCCACCAUCAUAGAACCCACUGGGGAGUCUGACAACCCUCUGAGGUUCACAUCCGGCCUGGUGGUGGCGCUAGACAUCGACGCCACACUGGAGCACAUCCAGGAUCCUCAGAACUCUGUUAAAGUUCAGGUUCUGUAUCCAGACGGUCAGAGUCAUGUAAUCCAUCCUAAACCUGCAGACUUCAGGAAGCCUGGACCGGACCGACACCGACUCAUCACACAGGUGUACCUGUCGCACACGGCAUGGACAGAACCAUCUCAGAUUGAAGUGCGCCUCCUGCUGGCCUACAGCUCCUCCUGCUCCUCCAGGCUGGGAUGGACCGACGCCAUGGAUGGCCUCCCACCUGCAGAGGGCGCCGUCGAAGGAACCAUCCCCUUCAGCAAACCUGUCAAAGUGUUCAUCAUGCCAAAACCUGCCCGACGCUAACGGAACACCUGAGAGAACCUGGGAUGGUUCUGGUUCUGGACUGAAGGACGACCUCGGUUGAACUCAUAAGUUUGUUUUGAUAGUAAGAAUUUGUGUUCAGUUGUGUUUAAUCCUUUACUGCUGGAAUAAAGAAACGAUGAAGAUUCA